AUGGAGAUGGCCAAAGGGGUCUCUGGGGGACAUGGGAGCCCCUUUUUGCAAGAAGGCACCUGUGUUGGUGGUGGCUCAGGGCUUACCCAGCGCCAAAGUCCAGUCGCCCCAUCUCCUCACUUACCGGACAGACCUCAGUCACAGUCCGCCGCAUCAUUCAGUAGGGAAGGCAGAGAAAGCAGUGAGAUUCAGGUGGUAUGUUCCAUAUUGUUCUGCUUUCGUUCUCGGUUGUCUUUGUACAUCUGCAAAGUUUGUCAAUGGGUGGUGAAUCUAAAUGCUGUACAGUGGUACCUCGGGUUAAGUACUUAAUUCAUUCUGGAGGUCCGUUCUUAACCUGAAACUGUUCUUAACCUGAAGCACCACUUUAGCUAAUGGGGCCUCCUGCUGCUGCCGUGCUGCCAGAGCACGAUUUCUGUUCUCAUCCUGAAGCAAAGUUCUUAACUCAAGGUACCAUUUCUGGGUUAGCAGAGUUUGUAAUCUGAAGCGUAUGUAACCUGAAGCGUAUGUAACUGAGGUACCACUGUAUACUCAACUUCAGGAAUGGUUGUUAAUGUGAGCUGCUGCAGAGAAUCAGCAAACAUAUCCUUAGCAACAAGGUCUUUUUUUUUGGUCAGGCUGAUGCUACCAGGGGUAGCUAAUGGGGUGUGCUCCAGAUGUUUUGAACUACAAAUCUCAUUAUCUCUGACCAUUAGGCCAUGCUGGUGGGAUUUGUGGUCAAAACGUUAGGAGGGUGCCAUGGGAAGUUUGCCUGGUGCCAUCAUUAUACGCUAUAUCGUUAGGUGCCAGGCAAAACUCUAUUGCCAGGCUUUUGGCCUUUAACUAUUUGUGGCCUUUUGGAAGUGGAUGGGAUGUUUUCAAUGUAUUUCUUCUUUCUCUUGGUUUUAAUGUAUCAUGUGGGGGAUUUUUUCCCUCCUUGUUGGGUUGUAGGUGGCUUUGGGUUGGCCUGGGCAAAUUAAAAUGACUAACAAAUUCAAUAAAGAGUAACAAUAAUACUGUAAUAGUCAUCGUUUGAGGCCUUUCCCCAGCUGUGUGGGUUGUUCUAGAGAAGCAAGAUGGUGUAAUCUUGAGGGUUAAAGGUUCGUUCAAAUGCAUGUAACAAAACCUUGUCAGCUGUGGUUUGUUUGCUUGUUUUGAAAAGAAAGCCACUCCAGAAGGGGCUGACUUGAAGUGGAGAAGUGUGCUUCCCAGCAUAUUGCUUUUCUGUUGUAAAUUUUCCCCAUCCAAAUCAGCUUGUUCCUUAAAAUAGCAAUAAUAGUCGUGGUUUUGUCACAUGCUAUUAGCAUGCACUGUUAAGUUAGCGCCUACUUUUACGUUCCUGAACUUAAGGGCUGCUGGGAAUGCUUCCAAUAACCGUGUAUGUUUAAAAGCAUGUUGUGGAAAAGAUACGCUCAUUUCUGAGAUAAGUCUGGAUAUCCUAAGGGUGCUCAUUGUAAACAUACUUUUAAGCAUGAUAUGCUCCUUGGGAAGAUGUAUGUUCCCUAAGCUAGCUUCUAGAGAGCUUUGCUAAAUAAGGGGUGAGAGGCUCUGUUGGCCUUUCUGUCUGCCUUGGCCAACUCCCAAGAGACUGUGAUCUACUCAACAGUUAAAAACUGGCAGUGAUCUACCCUCUUUUUGGGGGUUCAGGUCAAAGUUACUGAGUUUUUUCAGGAAGGAGGUAAAAUGUUGAGCUUUUUUUAGGGGAGCCGCAGUUGUUCAGCUUCUUUGGGGGGAGCCAAUGAUCUACCAGUGAUCUACUGGUAGAUCACAAUUUACCUGUUGGACAUGCCUGCCCUAGACCUAGGAGCCUUCUUAAAGGAAGAAAUGUGAGGGGAGAGAAACUCUGUGGUUGCCAUCAGGAAAUGGUUGGUUUCACCUGUGUUGCCUCACCCUCCAGCCCCAGGAGCCAUUAUAAGGGAGUUGCUUAAUGGAUACUUUGACAUGACAUGUUAUUAAGUUGCAUGCUUAUUUAAACAUUGAUAUAUGUGAAAUGAACCAUUAAUCAUUGAUUAUAUAUAUAUUUACUAUGCCUUGUAAUUAUUGUUUUACUGUAUUUAGACUUUGAUUUUUCUGUGAACCACUUUGAGCACAUAUACAACUUAAAUAUACAGCUUAAAAUCAGGAGGAGGGUGGGGACUUCAUAUUCAUAGUGCCUCUAAAGUACAUGGGGAAGGUAUGCUUACCAUGUGAGCUUGACAAUCAGAUUUGUAGACCUUUGCACAUACGGUACAUUAUUUCCCAAGGGGAAUAAUCAGGGAUGGGGAACUUGUGACCUUCCAGAUGUUGUUUUAUUGAAACUCCUCCUAUAAUCCCUCACUGUUGGAAGUUCAACAUUUGGGGGACCACAGGUUCUUCAUCCCUGAUUUAGCUGCUCAUUUCUUAAGACAUGGGCAUGCAUGCUUGCAUUUCCCUGAACAUAGCAAAAUAGAGAUACUGAAAGUGAACUUAAAUGUUGACUCUAAAUGAAAGUGGGGGGGGGGUGUUAUUUUUGUCCUUUUAGCAAACCACAUUUUGCUGUGUGACUAAUUGUUUGGAGAAAAAAAGUGUUAACAAUUGAAUAACAAAUAUGUGCUAUGGCUUGAUAAUGCUGCUCCAAUGUUAUUGGUUACAGGAGUUCAUCUCUUCAUCCAGUUAUAAUAAUAUUAGAAUAAUAAGAUUUUGAAUUUAUGAAACUUGAUUUAAACUAGAGGAUUAUGAAAUACAGAAUUAGUUUACUAUUCUUGAUAAAGAACUGUGUAAUUGAUAAGUGUGAAAUGAUGCCAGUUUGAAGCAGUUCAUAGAAGAAAUAACUACUACUAAUUUUCAUUGCAAUUUAUUAGUUGUUAAAAUAACAGUAAUAAAUAACAGAGCAAUAUUGAAGGAUAAAAAGCUGUUUGGAAAGAAAACGACAGUGUCCUUUGUUUUCUGCUCAAAAACUAUUGUGUGUGUUUGAUUAGUGGGUAUAAUAAAAGUAAACUUUUUGUGGAGCACGGAAUAAAAUGUUGGUGCAUUUUUGCUGAUUCUAUGUCAUGUAUUCUUACUCCUUGUAGUCCAUAAUUCUGCCAGUUUACAAUGCUGAGUGUUGGCUGGAUGAAUGCCUGAAGUCUGUUCUGGAGCAAGACUUCCAGGGUUCCAUGGAACUAUCUGUUUUUAACGAUGCUAGUAUGGUAUGUACCUGUCAGUUUACUGUUCUAGUUCUACUGCACGAUUAUCAUUUGAAUACCAAUUCCAGGAAUGUGUUCUUACUGUGUUUAUUUCGCCAGGGGUGGGGGACCUUUUUGGGGGUGAGAGUUUUAUUACCCUGCUGGAAUGCUGUCAGGGACCCACCUUCCAAAGUGGACUGGGGCGGGGUGGUCAGUCCCAAUAGUGUGUGCUGUCAGAGAUGCAAACUCACACCUUUAACACACAUAGACAUACUCCCUUUUCCUUCUUCCUCCUGCUCCCAAUUCCUUAGUUUGUGGGAAUGAAAAGGGCUCUCUCCCUGAUGUAGCAUAAUUGUUGUAUCAAAACUGACUGUUUUGCAAAGGGACUUUCAGGAAAUGAGCUGGAUUGAAAUGGAAGAGGGGACAGUCAUUUUGCUCUGGCUUUUGAAAGGAGUUCUGUUCUCUCUCCAUCCCCAUGUCUUGGUGCCAUUUUGUUAGUGUCAUCUGUUGAGCUUGGGUGCAGUACUGUAGCUCCAGCCAGCUCUUCUGCAAUCAGCUUGAGCUCUGAAAGCUCUGGGGUAGUAGUGGGAUAAAGAAAAGGCUGAGGCUGAGGUACCUUGCAGCUGGGUUUGGUCUUUGUGUGAAACCCUUCCUCCUUGAGCUGUCUUCCUCUUUUGCCACUGUUGUAAAUAAAAAUAUGCCCUUUUCCCUUAUGGGGUAUCCAAGAGCCCAUAUAGAGUCCUUACAUAGGUUCCCUAUUGGUAGGAGAAAAUAACAGAGGCCAACCAGAGAAUAUUGAGAAGCAAAGCAGCUAGUAAGCUUGAUCUUUAUUGAUCUGUUGCAACAGGGUGCUCCCCUCACACGCAGGAGAGGAAGAGGACCCACAAAAAUGCUGUGCAAGGGCUUAUAAAGACUUUUGAAAUUCCCAUCCUCUAGAUCAAGACCACCCCCAGAAACAUUAUGCAUUCAUCACAGAAGGGGUGUAACCUAAGACCACCCCUCAGAUAAGGUGGUCUAAAACAGAACAUUUGCAUGUUGUUUUCUCGCUUUGUUUAUUUCCUGUCUGGCAGGUUACUUGAUUGGAUUUCUUGGGGAGCCUUGGCAGUCUUUUGUAAUGAUAAGGCUCACACCCUUAUUCAAACACAGAUUAAGACAGGAUUUGUGAAGGAAGAGACAAUGGGGAGGCUUUUCCAUUUUUACCAUGCAGAGAAACAUUUGCUCAGUUUAGGAAUCAAAAUGGUUCCAGGUUGGCUUUCCUGUGCUGAUCUAUGUACGUGUGGUUAUGAACGUUGCCAUAUAUCUAAAACCAUAAAAUUCCUAUCACACCACCCAGCAGCCCACAGGGGUCUGUGUGCUUUUCCUGGGACUCACUGCCUACCUGAUCACUCCUCUUCAGAGAAGAGGAAGUUGUGCUCCUCAGCAGAGCCUUCCAGAAACUCCUGAUGAUGUCCAAGUCUGCCUGAAAAGCAAUGGAAGAUGUCAUUGGUGUCAGAUUGUGGGCAAAUACUCAUAAAAGUGCAGUUUAAAUCAGUAUGAUGACUCGGCUGUGACUUUGCAGUGACCUUAUCCCUUCUCACAUGUAGCAAUAAGAUGUGGGAAAGAAAUGCGGGGAAUUAAAUGUUUAACUUUUAAACAUUAUACCUACUCAGUGUCAAUAUUUCUAAACAGGACAAUUCAGGAAAUAUAUUAAAAAAGUGGAAGGUUCUGUUGGAAGAAGCGGGCAUUCAGGUGGUACUUGGAGAAAAUUAUUCAUCUCAGCCACGAGGAGGUAGGUGCCUUAAAAGAACAGCAGCUAUUCAGGACAGUGGGAUAACUUAGUUUUCUGCAUAACAGCUUCCCACGAGUUGCGUAGCAUUCUAGAACAUUCUGUUUGUCAGUGCAUCCACAUUCAGACCAAGACUCUUCCUUAAUAACUGUCAGAAGUGACUCUCUUUUUGAGGUUGCUGAGGUUUUCUUUUAUGUGCCAAGACAGAAUUUGGCCUAAUACUAAGUACACUGUUGCUGCAAUCUUAAUAACUCUUAUGAGGAAGUAAGCCCCAUUGAACACAGUUAGACUUAUUUCUAAGCAAGCGUGCAUAGGAUUUUGCUGUAUGCAGAAAAAUAAGUCCCACUGAAAAUCAAUGGGACUUCUGUUUAAUGGGUUUAGAAUCACAUUGUAAAUCAUCAUGACUCUGUUGGCAAAAGAAAAUAGUUAGAUUCACCGUAUCUUACAUUGCUGGAAAUUCACACCAGUUUUUCCUCAGUUCUCUAGUCAGUUUUUCAAUACGGGUUUAAGAGGCAAAUAAUAUAUAGCAUAACUUAGCUUAGAGACGGCCAGGAAAUAAAUGUUGUGUGGAUUGAGAGAGAGCCAUCACCUUUGCUGCAGACUGGGAAAAAGCCAGGUUUGUUAUGUGCUAGACUGAAAAAGCACAAAUGAGGUUAAAUUGUGAUGCAAGCCAAAAUAAAUAGCUCUGGAAUUGUUGUAAUAGGCUGGAAAGUAAUGGAUUCAGGUUGAAUUGCCAAGUGUGACCACUCCAGAAUGAAGAUCAGCUCAGUGAGAUGUGAACUGUAAACGUUUGUAUUGAGUUUUAAAGCUUGCUGUCCUUUCUCUGUGAGAUGGUGAAAAAGGAUAGCAUGUUGGUGUUAUGAGCAAGAGGGAAUCUAAGAGCUAAGGAGGAAGAUGAUGAAAUUAAUUUAGGAAAUGCUUUCUUUGUUUUCCAGAAUAAAUUUUUCAUAUACUUUUAUUUAGGAAGUUUUAGUUUGUGUUUUCCUCCCUUAUCUUGUUAAACAUAAAAUCAUCUCUGUAAUGUAAUCCUGUUGUUGCUUUUCUCCAUUGAUAUCUAUAAUUUAUUCCUAUUCAUGCUUAUUUUGAAGUUGCAAGUAAUGGAAAAAAGGGGGAAAUGCAUAUUUAAACUGUAAAAACUUAUAAUUUGACUCUUACAUAAAAAGAGGGAAAAUACAAGUUACAUGCAAAUAUGUGCAAUGUACCCCUGAUGGACUGUGCUUUUAAGGAAAAACAACUCUGAGAGAGGGACUCUUUGGAAAGGCGACAUUUAAUAUCUUUGCUGCCUACCACUUUCCUGCUCCUCCUCCUCUCAACCGCUCUUUCUCGAAUUUUGAUCUCUAUGUUUUGACCUCAUAGCAUUGUUGCUUCUCAACUGUGUGUUAAUCCCCUUCCAACAUUUUUCUAGUUGUAAACUGUAAAUGGGUCAACUAAGAUUUCCAAGCCUCUUCCCAUUAUCUCUUUCCCAACAAACACAAGCUAAGGGGCAAAGGGGGCAUUUGCCUAACUAAGAAUCUCCUAGAGGGAUGACCUAUUCUGUACCAGGCAGUGGGCUCAGCUGGGGGUUGGGCUUCUGGCUUGUGCUAGGUACAGAGUCCAGGAAGACCAAGUCAUGUACUGCUAGCACCUGUUUCAGAUCCAGGAAACAAAGUUAGAUCAAAUUCCAGUGAGACAAGGUCAUGCUAAGCAGAAGGUAAAUCUAGAUAAACAAGGUCGGGUAAUGCAGAGGUCAAAGUCCAAAAGGCAAACAAAGGAAGGUCGACAGUACCUUGGAUAGCUCAAAGUGAAGCCUAGACUUUAAUUCAGACAAGGCAAGCUUGAAUGUUUUUCCAACAACUAGCAAUGCUAGACUGAGGGCUUAUCCUCACUUACUUUUCCUCCACUCUUUCCAGGCAUGGUCCGAGAUUUAAAGCUCUGUGUUUAAACACCCCUUUUUUGCUCUGGAGCUUUCCCCACAAAAACCUGCUCUUUAAAGCGCAAUUGGAGCAAACAUCAAUCUGCGGAAAACCUGAAUUGAUGUUUGUUCUGAGUCAGUUUUAAAGAUUGGAUUUUCACUGGGAAAGCUUCGUGGCAGGGGGGAAACCAAUCGCUUAGACAUGAACCAUUAAAGUGCAGACCUCUGCCUGGAAAGAGCAGAGCAAAAGUUAAGUGUGGAAAAGCCUGCAGUCUUAAACAAGCUCAGAGAGUAAGCUAGCCAGCCAGUGUGGUAUAAUCACUGGCAAAUACUGAACUGGGAUCUGGGAGAACAGGGUUCAAACUCCCAAUCUGUCAUGGAUGCUCAUGAGGUGACCUUGGGCCAGUCAGUGCCUCUCAGCCAAACCCACCACCCGGUGUUAUGGUGAGGAUAACAUGGAGAGGAGGGGAGGGGUUUGCUGUUUCCUGUUAGAAUACCAGUAGCAAUAUGUGCACCCUUUGUGGUAUUGCAACCCAGUUCGAAACAUUUUCACAAGAAAGUAAAUACAUGAUGACCUGAGUGAAGCCUGCUGUUCUUUCCGCGUAGUUGAUUUCCUCCAUCAGAUGUGGCCCCCCUCAUUUAUUGUAACUGUUCCUUGUAUUUACCAACAAUUCCUCAAGUUAAUGGGUUGUUACAUGGUGACUACUCCAGAAGCAUAAAACUGUUCCUUAGACACUCAUUAAAGCCUGAGCCUCUUUUGGAAGCUGUGUAACAUUGAAAAAACAACCAUAGACUUGGGGAAAAUACUGACAAUUCUACAAAAAACCAAAUAAUUAUUUGACAUUUGGUUUCCAGGCUAAUAUGCAUAUGAUUGGCGAAGUGUUAGGGUUUGGAAGUCUUAGUUUUUACUUUUAAAAAGUAGGUACAUUUUAUGAUGUGAAAAAAUGCAUAGACAUAGGAAGGAAAAAAACCCUAUGGCUUCUGAAUUUUCCCAGUCAUUCGUAAAUUGGGUUAGGAAAGGUGUAUUUUGUUCAAACUAUAUACCUUUGAAAGCAGGUUGCCAUGCAGUAAUCAUUUUCCAGUGUGGAGCAGCUCAUUUGUAUUUACAUUUGGGCAGCCAGUUUAGAUGGAAAUCUUUGUGACCCCUUUGUCCUUAGUGAUUUACUUUCCUGUGGUUAAGAGUAGUUAAAACUUGUAGGGAGUACUUCCUUUGAAACAAGCAGCCCCAAUAACGAAACAAAUGUGACAGUCUUCACGUCCUGGAUUGUUUACCCUGGUUUAAGAUUCAUUUCUGAUUCUUUUCUGCCAUGGAAAAGGAAAAAGGAAAACAAAAGGGAAAUCUCCCCCCACAAAAGAGAGGGGUCAGUGGCUUUAAAGAAACUAACACAAAACAACUUCUUUCCAAGAGUGAGGAAUGUUAAUAUCUCACGGGGUCUUAGUCCCCCCCCUCCUGUGACCAUGGUAACAGGCUCUUUUUGCUAAGUAAGCAGGCCUUGCAAAAUGCAAAACCUUGGCACAAACAUUUGAGUCUCAUCAGUAUAGCAAUAUUGCAGCGAAUUCUUUGCUUAUGCCAAACAAAAUUCAUUGCCUUAGACCAGUUGUUUAAAUAAUCCAGUUUCCAUGCGGAAUAAAAUCUUUUGGAAAUGCUAUAAUUGUGCUGAUGUCAAAAGGGCAUUUUAUGACUAGCUAACUACCAAAACUUUGGGUGUCUUGUUUUUAAUUAAGCUUACUUCUAAACUAUUUGCACUUGAAUGAACAAACAAACAAACAUGAUUGUUUCUCAUCUGACCCACUUAUCUCACCAGCUUGUUACCCAUAUGUGCAUUUAAGUGCUGACCUUUUAAAAUAUUUGUAAGAUUGUUUUGACUUAAUUUUUUAAAGCAUAUCCUUAAACUUUGCCUGUCACAUGAAUAACCAAAUGUUCUCCAGCAUUCAUAUAUUAUGAAAUCCGAAUGACUCAAGUCAGCCUUUAUGACUGAUUUUUGUGAUGUGUAAAAGCAGUAACAUAUGGAUCAAGCUACUUACUGAGUGUUGGGCAAGUGAUUUAAAUGACAAUGAAUCUAAAUUUCUGGCUACCUUUCAUCACAGUGGCGACCCCACAAGCUUCCUUAUAAGAAUCAUCCAUGACUGAUUUUAUGACCUUUGAAUGUGCCCUUAAUCAUAGCAUCCUUUUAGCCUUCCUUGCUAUAAUCAGACAAUUAUUUGAAACAUUAUAUGCUUGGGAUGGGGAGAGAGAGAGAGACAAACUUGAUUACACAACUGAUCCUGCUGGAACAGUUACUGCUCUGUGGCAGGAUUAGUUGUUCAAUUUUAGUCUAUUCAUUUUAUUCCUCAGGAGAUAAUUAUUCCGAGCUAUUGGUUCUGUUCAUUCAACAUGCCCAGACCUGCUUUACUUUUCAGUAAACAUGUCCAGGUCUUGUAAGGUUUUACUGUGUUUUCCAGUCAUUUUAAUUUAGUUACGGCAGCCAUAGAACUUUGAAUGGUUGAGUUUUAAUUUAAAUGAUUUCCUAGAAUCAUAGAAUUGUAGAGUUGGAAGGGUGUUCCUAGUCCAGCCCCCUGCAAUGCAGGAAUGCUACCACAUCCAUCCCUUGGUGGGCUCAAACCACCAACUUUCUGGUUAAUAGCCAGACACACACUGACCCAUUGCACCACAGAGGUUUAGUUAUCAUUUCUUUGUGAAGUUCAAGGCUCUAUAUUCAUAAUGUUCAUAUACAUGAAGAGGUAUCCAGGAAGGAAAUAAUAAAACUUGUCAUGGGUGUGCAACUCAAGCAUCCAUUAUGGCUUGCUUACUGUGGGCUGCAAUUCUGAAAUCUGGCAAGGAACUUCAAUGUCACCUAGUGUGUUUUUGAGUAGAAAAACUUAGAUUGCAAAUUGCAAUGAUGCUCAUGCACUCUUUUGUAACUUUGCUUUAUCCACAGUGGGCUUUGCUAAAAAUCAUGCAAUAGAUCAGAGCUCAGGGACUUAUCUGUGCUUUCUGGAUUCUGUAAGUGAUUUUUUUAAAUUUUUGCCAAAUGCAUUGCCUACCUGAAACAAAAUGUUUAAUUGUCCAUUUCCUUUUUAUCAUUCUAUGCUAAUGGUUUUCCAUAAAUUGGUAUAAAACUGUUUCAUGUGGUUAUGGUGAUGUGGUACUUUUUAAAUUUAAUAAGUAUUCAACCUUAUAAAACUCUGCUUCUGUAUCUGGACAUUUUCUUAACCGUUGAGAUACCGUGGUACCUCGGGUUACAUACGCUUCAGGUUACAUACGCUUCAGGUUACAGACUCCACUAACCCAGAAAUAGUACCUUGGGUUAAGAACUUUGCUUCAGGAUGAGAACAGAAAUCGUGUUUCGGCGGCGCAGCAGUAGCAGGAGGCCCCAUUAGCUAAAGUGGUGCUUCAGGUUAAGAACAUUUUCAGAUUAAGAACGGACCUCAGAACAAAUUAAGUACUUAACCCAAGGUACCACCCUAUUGGAAGUUUAAGUGGCACACACCUUUUAAAUCUGCAACCUAGCAGGCACUUCUAAUGGAUAAUAGGUAUUGUUUUACUUGAUGUGCCAUUUUUCUUAGACCUGAUGGCAUGAAAACAGAAUAAAGAAAAUUCAAAUAUUCUACUGUCAAAUGGGUCAUUAUAAGCAAUCACUAUGCCAUGAAAUAAAUUUCAUAACAUGCACUCCAAAUAAUCCAGUAUUACAGGAAUUUGAUAAUAACAGACAUGCUUCUGUCCUCCAAGUCCUUUCUGAGCAGGUAAGCAAUUUGUUGCAAGAAGAAGAUAUCUGUUUCACAUGAAAAACCAGCAGGGAUUUCUAAACAAGGCCAGAUGUUUUUAUGUUGUUGAUCUCCAUCCACCUUCAGGAAAGAAGGCAUUCAAACCACAUGUAUUUGUAUCGGGUUUACCUACUUCCACAAGAGACUAGCCCUCAAAUUCUGCAAAACUUAACCCUACUAUCAGUUUAGAUGUUCCCUUUACAGUCAAGGCAGAGCACUUUAAAUAUAUAGAGACCAACUUGCUAUGCUAGGAUGAUUAAGUAGGAAUUGUCCCCUUCUCACAGAAAGUGAAACUAUGUGGCAUCUAACCACAAACCCUCAGUUCACCCCCCCAAAAAAAUCUUUGACUGACUUAUUUUUUACAGAAAAAUGAGAAGUGAUCUUGUGACAAGUGGAAAUAGUUUACAUACAUCAUACAAUCAGCAAAUAAAAAAGGACUUCAAACCAGCUGUCUUUCCUCCUCUAGUCAGCUUUUCAGCCCCCUUCCCCCUGCUAGCUGCCACUGUUCUCUGGUGGGGCCAAGAAAGUGUAGUGCUAUAGCUCUGGAAACGGCGUUUCCGUGUGCUGCGCUGGCUUGCCAGAUGCAGCUUGUCACGCUGGCCACGUGACCCGGAAGUGUCUCCGGACAGCGCUGGCCCCCGGCCUCUUGAGUGAGAUGGGCACACAACCCUAGAGUCUGUCAAGACUGGCCCGUACGGGCAGGGGUACCUUUACCUUUUAUAGCUCUGGUAGAUUUUUGAAUAGGGUUUCUCUUGUCUGAAGAGGUGCAGUGGCUCAUCUUUUGUGAGGUUAAAUGACAAUUUUAUUUAUUCAGGAUUUUUAAAAUUAAUCUGUAGAAGUAAAGCAUAUAAAUUUGCUUGCAGUGCAGGAAGAAGAGGCAUAUAUUUAGUUCCUCUGUUAAAUGCCUCUCAACGUUAGGAUGAAUUCAGGAGGCCCCAACCCACAAAAGCUUACCAUGUACCAUCUUGUGGAGCUGCAUGAGGUGGUAGCUUCCUGUGUCCCUGAGAAAUCCAAGGAUUUGCAGUAGUGGUAACACCAAGCUUAACCUAGUUGGCAGGGGCCACACAUAGCCAACUCUACAUGCAAUUGUGGGGACUUCAUGCUGUGGCUGUGUGGCCUCUGGAUAUCUGCCCCCACCCACACUGAACUACCACUAAAUACAAGGUGGAAUAGGAAACAUACUGGUAAACCAAAACACCUUGCAAAGGUGGGUCUGGAUUUUUUUAAAGAAAAAGUUUUCCUUCCCCAUCAAUAUAUUGGACUAAUGAAUAAAUAAAUUCAAAACCACAGUAGUUCCUAGGAUGUUAAUCUGAAUAAAAUAUGCUUUUGUCAAAUAUUGCUGAGCAAUCCCCUGCCUCAACCCCCCCUCCAAAUGUGUGUGUGUUUCUAACUGAAUUAGGACAUUCUGAAUUAGGAUAUUUUAAGUACCCAUCUUCUGUUCUGGCACCCUGAACUCAGAAUCUCUUUCGCAGGGCUUGAGAAGAGAUUAUUCACAUUCAAGGAACUCUUAUUUAAAAGUUUAUAAUGAUUACAGAUUGUGUAUAUUUCGUAACCGAUUCAAUCUCAUUGCCAGUUCAAAUACAAGAAAUAUCAAUAAACCAUCACCUAUCAAUAGAUUCUUCUUGCAUGUCUGAUAUACUAGAAAAAAUGAAGCAACACGUUUUUUUCAGCCUAUAACGUACCUGAAUGUACAAGUACAACAUUUUCUGAAGGUUAGUGUCUUGGCAGUAAUUAAGAGCAUUUCACAUGACUGACACCAACAUGAUAUUCUGAUUAAUUUGAUACUGAAUUGGUGAACUGAAACCAAGAAUCAAAAGAGGUAUAUAGGAGCAGUCACAGAUAAUGUUAGCACACACAGCUGGUAACAUCUGUUUUUCAGCAGUUACUGCAUAGCAGCGAGAAAUUGAUUCCAAUGAGAAUACCAAGUAAUUCAUGGAUGCGUAUAAAUUUCAGGAAUUUCUGUUAUGUUAAACACAGAAAAAGACACAGAAAACAAAUGUUGUUUAUCAACACAUCAGAUUUUCAAGUUGCUUUGCAAAAUAAUUUUUAAAACAUUGUGGUAAUUUACAUUUCUUCUGCUAAACAAGCAUGCAAGGAGAAUGAGAAAGUGUGUGUGUGUGUGUGUGUGUGUAGACACAGAGACUACCUAAUGAAUAUUUUUCCAGACUGAAUUUUACUGUAGAUCAUAAAGAUUUUAUUGGGAAUAAAAUCAAAGGCUCUGAACAGUAAACCAUCUAUUCUAUGUUCAUGCCAAUAGAAACUGUCCCUUUUGUUGGAAAUAAACAUUUAUUUGAACACUUUGGACAGAAAAAGCUAUUCUACCUUCAGUGUUGGAUGCUGGAACAUCUCCAGGAAAGAGAAAAAGCAGGAAAGAAAGUUUAAAUAGGUAUAGGCACUUUAAAUAUAAUAAUGAAAACAGCUGUAUAAGAACUUGAGCAGAUGUGCAUAACUAAGCAAAGUUGCUCACAUCUAAGAAUCUGUUGACCCUCAAAUGCGUACUUAGAUCUUAUGUGUCUGUUGUUUCCCCAUUUGUUUGAACUGAGGUAGAAGAUCUCACAUGCAAAUGAAUGCACUAUUGAAAUGAAUGCAGAAGUUGUUUGAGAUAGGAAACCAUAUGCACACGUGCAGGGCUUCUGGAUCAGAUCAAUAGAUCAGCACACACAUUUCCAGUGCAGUACUGGAGUUAAGAAAUUAAUUCAUUUAUUGCUUGCAUCUGUGUAAAGCGGAUUCCUCCCCCCCCCAAAAAAGAAAUCACCCGCAAGUUAAUCAAAGAAACAACGCUGAGUACAUGUGAGCACUUCUACAGUCCCUGCGAGUAAAGUGUCUAGAUGGGUCAAUGAGUCAGUUCCUCAUUUAAUCUUUUCAUUCAAAAUUGUAGGAUUAUCAUUCUCUCUUUAGCAGAGAUGUGAACAGUUGGAAAUCUGCUAUUCAUAGAGCAAGUGGAAAUAUUUCAAUUUCACUGCCAUAGUUCCUGCUAGGAAUAAAAAGCAAUGAAGUCCCUCGUAUAAAAGAAAAAUCUAGUUGUAUCUGUGCCAACACAAGCUUGCAUACAGCAAUCUAAGGUAUUGCAUCUUUUCCAGUAGUUCCCCCGCAAAUAAAAUCAUGGAGGGCACUAUAGCAAAAACAACUGGAUUGUUGCAAUGUACAUCCUACUUUAUUCAAGAUGAGCUAUUCAUUCAUUAUUGCAUUUAUAUCCCACCAACAUCUCCAAGGAGCUCAAUUAGCAUACAUCCCCCCCCCCCCCCCGCAUUUAAUCGCCUCUGUGAGGUGGGUUGGGCAGUGACUUGCCCAAGUUCAUCUAGUGUGCUUCGUUAACUGAGUGGGAAUUUGAACUCUGGUUUCCAGGUCCUGGUUUGCACUCAAACCAGUACAGCACACUGGCUCUCAGCAGUAGGAAAACAAACAGGAAGUAUAAUGAACAAGUUAUAGCUUGUCUUUAUGUAGUUUAUCUAUAAGAACCAAGCAAAGCAGACACAGAAAUGUUCCUAAGCAGUUAAAAAAUUGAAAUUGCUUCAGCUAGAGAUGGAAUAUUGUGGAAGGGGUUGAAAAAGGACAAAAAAAACAUGCCUGGAGAACUUCAGCAAGGGUAACCCCCCCAAAAAAAUCUAACUGGCCAUGAUAGUAUCCCACAGCUUCUAAAACGUAUAUCAGUUUAUAGCUGUGUUGUAUUAUAUUGAUUUCAACUUUUAGCAUAAUUGAAUAAGAGCAAUCUGAUUAUUACAUUUUAGGUUAGUGAUUAUAAAGUGGGGUUGGAGUAGUUCAUUUCUUCUAAACUAAUGCUGCAAAAAGAUGCACUAAUUCUGUUGUAUGCCUGCUUUAUUCAUGCCACUGCAAUUCAUUUUAUGUACUUCUAUAUGUUGUCUAGGUGUGUGCUCAGUUGACCAUUUUCUUCCUGACAUGUCUUUGAAAAAACCAUUAUGCUCUAGUUAGGAACUUGGCAAAUGUAUGAAAAAAGUCUUAUGACUCUUUUUCACCAGGUUUCUACAACUGAUAAGCUGGAUGGUUUACUUUCAAGUUUUUUGUUUUACCUUGAGGUAGACUAAUUGUAUGUAGCUACUGGCACAGAUUUGUUUCCCAACCUUGUUAUCAUUUUUGGAUAAACUGUAGUGUUAGGGUGGCUUCAAGUUCUUAGAACAGGGAGAGGGAACUAGUUGCUCAAUCUUGGACCAAGGGCUUCUUAAUGUUCCCAAUUGCAGCUCUUAAUCCUUGUGAUCCCCUGACUAUGCACCUUAAUUGCUUUCCCCACAGGCAAAGCACUCCACCCCCUCCCUCAAAUGGCAGUGGCAGCAGAGGUUUUAGGAGAGUUCUCCCUUUUAUGCACUUCAAAUAUUUGCCCAUGUGCAAGCUGGGACAGAGGCAAAUAGGAGUGAAUAGCUGCAGUGUGUUAACGGGAGACUUGUAAGAAACUUCAUAGGUGCUAUGGGGGGCACAGGGCAGAAGGGUGUUUUGUUUAGUUGGGUUUUAAAAAAUUAGGCAGCUUAUGUGGGUAGUCUCUGUCCAAGGUGUCUUACAACAACAAAAAUUAUAAAAUAACAACAACCACAAAACUAUCAACUGACCCGGGAAAAUAGCCAAUAAAAAAGCUUUCACACCAAAUUAAAACACUUCCCACAGCAGUAGCAAACCACAAUCCAGGACAUAAAGCAUCAAUCACCAAUUAGCCCAUUGGAAAAGUUACAUCUUUAGGGAAAGGCUUGAAGCGUGGGAGCCUGUAGAAGAUCCACUCUCAUGGUGUUCAGAAGUCGUAAGGUUACCAAGCUUUCUGAUCUGUGAGAUGGAAACACAUAGAAGGCCCCUUUUGUGCAUCUGAAUGUGUGGGCAGGCUGAUACGGGUGCAAGAGGUCUAUCGGAUAUCCUAGGCCUAAUUUUUAAAAGGCUUUUUAAAGCUUGAAACCAGACCCAUUCCACAAGGUGGUAGACUGAGGUGGUUGACAUCUGGACUAUACCACUUCACCAUAGCUUUGCUCACUAAUCUUUUAGUUUAAUAAACUGAAAAACAACUCAUAAAAAUAACCUCCCGCCUACAGGCUGAAGUAGUACAGUCAAGAAUUUGACCCUCUUGCCAAGGUGGUUGUCACCGAUGGAAGCAAAAGCACAGAAAAAGCUCAAUAUGGAGGCCAAGUGGCCGAAAUAUUGGGAAAUUCUGGAACAAGAGGGAGAUAGACUGAAAUUGCAGCGUUUUGAGAAACUAAAAAACAAAGUGCGAGACUGGCGUCAUUAUUACCAGAUAAUGGAGGCAUAUAAUUUGGACAAGAAAAUUGGCUUCCAGGUGGAAAAAUCAAAAUUAGAAACAGAACUGUUAGAACCCAAAACGAAGAUUUUGUCAAAGAUGUAUAACUUGCUGUUGAAAUGGAAUACUCAGGAUGAAACGGUUAAAUCUGCUAUGAUUAAGUGGGCACAAGAUGUUGGACAUAACAUAAUGAUGGCUGACUGGGAACAGUUAUGGACCACAGGUAUGAAGUUUACGGCAUGCAAUGCCUUAAGAGAGAAUAUUAUGAAAAUGAUAUACAGGUGGUACAUGACCCCAGUCAAGCUUGCAAAAAUCUAUCAUUUGCCCGAUAAUAAAUGUUGGAAAUGUAAAGAAACUGAAGGUACAUUCUUUCACCUUUGGUGGACGUGCCCAAGGAUUAAGGCCUUCUGGGAAAUGAUCUAUAAUGAAAUGAAAAAGGUAUUUAAAUAUACCUUUCUGAAGAAACCAGAGGCCUUUCUCCUGGGCAUUGUCGGCCAAUUGGUGCCAAAGAAGGACAGAACUUUUUUAAUGUAUGCUACAACAGCAGCAAGAAUACUCAUUGCAAAGUAUUGGAAGACACAAGAUCUACCCACUUUGGAAGAAUGGCAGAUGAAGGUGAUGGACUAUAUGGAACUGGCAGAAAUGACUGGCAGAAUCCGAGACCAGGGAGAAGAGUCGGUGGAAGAAGACUGGAAGAAAUUCAAAGACUAUCUACAGAAAUAUUGUAAAAUUAAUGAAUGUUAGAAUGAUGUUGGAUAGAAAUUAAGUGGUUUCCAGCUGUAAUGCUAUAAGGGAAUAUGAAAAAUGGGUUAUUAAUAGGUAAAAAUCUAAUGUUACUAUUUUAAGACCAAAGAUUAGGAUAAACAAAGAGGGUAAGGAUUUGCUGAACCAACAAAUUGAACUGGAAUACAAAAAAGGGAGGUGUGAGGAGGUCCAGGAAACAAGUUAAAGAAAAAUAAGUAAUGGAAAGAUUGAGUGGUUUUUAAUCAUUUUUAUUUUGUAUUUUUUUUCUUUUUCAUUUUUAUAUUGUAACAUCUUGAAAAUCUCAAUAAACAUCUUAUUAAAAAAAAAAAAGAAUUUGACCCUCUUGGCCUGCCACCAUGUACUCGAAACUUGUAGAAUCAGUAGAUCAUGUCUGAUUCUUGAGGCUCAUAAUAAGAUGAUGGCUCUGAAGGGAUCUAGAGAAGCCCUAUGCUCAGCCAAUACCACUGGCUCUUCAGCCUCAGUUCAAAAUAUGGCUUCUUGAAUGAGUUGUUGACAUGAUGAUCAGUCUAUACGCUGGCGUUGAUAUAACUUACAAAUACUUAAACAGGCAGAUACGAGUGGGUUCAAAUGGAUACAAUAUAGUAUAGUCGGUGGUUUCAGUGAUACUUUGGUUCAAAUCCUAAUGAAGCCUUUCUUUUAGCCUUAGUUCCCCAAGUAUAAAAUCAGAAGCAUAACCAUCUCCCUCACAUAACUCUUGCUAGAGUUGCUAGGAAAAUGAUUUUAAAGUGCUUUACACAUCAAUAUACAUAAAUAGCAAGACAUAGUAAUAGUAUAUUUUUGAACACUUAGGCUCUGCCGUGGGUAGGAAAUUCUGAAAUGUGGUUUGGUUUAUUGUAUAAAAUGGUAACAGUUUCACUUUUUGUCUACUGUAAAAAGUCUGGAUUUUCCCUUCUAGUUCUAAUUUAUGUUAAUUUUCUUUUGGGGGCUAAAUUUACUACCCUGGUAGCCAUGCAUAAACUAUUGAAAUAAAGUGGUAUCUGGAAUCCCUCCAGUAGUUGCAGCCAAUUGUGUAUUUUAUAGUUUUGUACUUGGGCUAGUAAAGUGACCAGUUAAUCUGGCAACCAUCUCUAGUUAUUGUUUGAGAACAGUGGUGGGCCCUCUUUCACAUAUAGUUACAGUGUGCCAUUUAUUACAGGAUGA